AAUUCACUUAUUCGCUAUUUAGCUAUGCACCCGAACGGACCUAUGAUUUAUCAUUUUGUGUGAAAAAAAAAAAAUACCAUAUGGACUUUGCAUCGGAGAUUCGAUCUUCAUAGCUUUUAGUCGUUGUUUUUUAGAUUUAAUCAUGUUGAAGAAUAAUGGAAAGAAGACAGCUAUCUCCGUAGCCAGCACAGCGUGUCUCUGCCUGCUGCUGCUCCUGGUCGCCGUGCAGCAUCACCGGGUCCAGGUGGAUGAUUCGGAGACGGGCGGAGAGGAGCGGUCUCUCCUCCAAGACGCCGCGCGGGAAGAUGCCGGGGGCGCGCAGGUCAAAAAAGGGUUCUCGGCGUACUUCACCAAACUGACGCGCGGGCGGAGGGAGGCGGAGAAGCCCGCACGGUCCUCCUCCGCGUCCGCCGCUGAGCCGCCUCCUGCUGAGGACAUCAGCGCCGAUGACAUCUUCAUCGCUGUGAAGACCACCAAGAAGUUCCACCAGUCCAGACUCAACCUGCUUCUGGACACGUGGAUCUCAAGAAACGUGCAACAGACUUACAUCUUCACAGAUGGAGAAGAUGAGGAGCUAAAAAAGAAAAUUGGGAAUCACGCAAUCAACACCAACUGCUCUGCAGCUCACAGCCGACAAGCUCUGUCUUGCAAGAUGGCGGUGGAAUAUGACAAGUUUAUAGAGUCUGGGAAAAAGUGGUUCUGUCACGUUGAUGAUGACAACUACGUGAAUGUUCGGACUCUGGUGAAGCACCUGUCCCAGUACCCCCACACCCAGGACAUGUACAUUGGUAAACCCAGCCUAGAUCGGCCCAUAGAGGCUACAGAGAGGCUGGGGGACAAUAAAAUGAAACCAGUCAAUUUCUGGUUUGCUACUGGAGGGGCAGGCUUCUGUGUGAGCCGGGGUCUGGCACUGAAGAUGAGCCCGUGGGCAAGUGGCGGUCACUUCAUGAACACAGCAGAGAAAAUCCGUCUGCCUGACGACUGCACCAUCGGCUACAUCAUCGAGUCGGUUCUUGGGGUUCCACUGACCCGCAGCAACCUGUUCCACUCCCACCUGGAGAACCUGCAACAGGUGUCGAGAUCUGAGAUUCACAAGCAGAUCACCCUCAGUUAUGGGAUGUUUGAAAACAAGAGCAAUAUCAUCAAUUUGAAAGGGGCUUUUCCUGUGGAGGAGGAUCCAUCCAGGUUCAAGUCUGUGCACUGUCUCCUGUACCCAGACACCCCGUGGUGUCCCCCUCAGGUUGCCUUUUAGGGCGACCGCUCCUUUCUCAUCCUCGUCCCCGUCGUGCCUCGGUAUGAAAGGCUCGAGGGGACCAGUGUUUGGUAUUAGACUGUGCAGCUGCUGUAUUGUUGCUGCAGUGGCCCACGGUCUUUAAUAGUUUUACUGGGCUGCUGUGCGGCCCGCAUCGGGACUAUUUCUUCCUGUAUGGAGCCAGAACCUCCACCCCCAUAGUGCUGGGGUGGAGGACUCCAGCUCUCAGGCAGGAAGUAGCUUUCAGCGUUAAGCUUUGCAGGCAAUCAGUUGAGCUUUGUGAUGUAUAUGUUGCUUGUAAAUGUAUCUGCAAUUCUCAUAGAAUGUAUUGUCAUAUAUUCAAGCCUUUUUGCCAGCUUUACAUUAACAUUUUUUGUUUUAGCAUUCAAAAAUAUAAAGCCAUUCAGGUCUAUGUUUGUAGGCUUUUUGGCUUUUAUCACAUAUAAUUGGCUUUUCCAGGCAUUUUUGGUUAAAUCUUUUAAUUCAGAUGACUCCGGACCAACGCUCUAAUAUGAAGAUGAUGUUGUGCUUUUAAGUUAACAGUGUUAUUUCUCCCACGAACCUGAGCUGGCAGUAGGCAGAUUUCCAAAAGCAUCCUUUGGUGACCUAAUCUGAGGCAUAUCAGGAUAAAGCACUUUUCCCUUUUUGAUAUUAUUUGGGUGAACUGACCUAAUUUACAUCCUUUAAUGACGUGCCUCAGAUUUGUGUCCAAACUAACAUGAAAAAUAACCCCUCAAAAUCUCAAUAUCCAUUCAUUCUUAUGUAUUUAAUAACACUCCUUGCAUUUGUUACAAUCAGGGAAAAAUAAUGAGUGGAAGAGAUUUUGAUUUGGGGGUUACAAUCAGCUUUUGAAUUGCUUUGAAAAGAUUUGUUUUUGUUUGAAAAUUGCACAGCUGAAUUUCAAAUGAGCUGGUGUUUGCUCCUGAGAAGACGCUCGCCUCUAAAAGGAUCAACAGUGGAUAGUUACUAACUUUAAGCUUUGGGACAGAGAACCCAAAAUAGCAAAGAAAAAGCAGUUUGAACCAUGCUAUCUAAAUAAUAACCACAUGUGUAAUGUGAGCCACAGUCUAUAAUAGUUUGCACAAAAGACUGAUGAGCCUCUCUGUUAUUAUUAUUAUUAUGAUUAACAUGAAUGUUCUUUAUUUACACAUAAUAUUGGCUGGUUACUGUUGAGGCCUGUGAGGUGAGAACUUAACAAGAGCAACAUCAGUGUUUCCACAUGGAGGUGUUUGUUCCCUCUGUGUUGUCUCUCACCCAUAUUGGGUUACACUGUACAUCUUGAUUACAGUAUUGUGUACUGUGCCUUUUGUUUAAAUGAGUAGUUAUUGUAUACUGUAUGUUUAGAAUGUAAUUUCCCCCCAUUUGUGGUUUACAUAUGCUUUUAAUGACCUGGACAUGUUUUUUGUACUGCUAUGAACUGUGUGACUAAAUGACUGUGGUGUUUAUUCUCCAGUAUCUGGAGGGUUCGAACAGUUCAUUCCCAAUACUGGCUUCUCAGGGAUUAUGAGCUGAUCGUAGUUUCAACUACCAUGGGACCCACGGUGGGACCUAAAACUUUGAAUAAAAGUGCAUAACCACUGAGAAACUUAA